AUGAACCUUUUGAUAAAGAGAAAAAGAAAUCAUAGAAAAGUGGUAAAUAUAAAUAAUCAGGACCAAGAGAGAGGGAACAUGAGAGAGAGAGAACGAGAGAACAAGAACGAGAAAACGAGAGAGAAAGAGAACGAGAGAGAGAGAACGAGAGAGAGAGAGAACGAGAGAGAGAGAGAACGAGAGAACAAGAAUGAGAAAACGAGAGAGAAAGAGAACGAGAGAGAGAGAGAGAACAAGAGAGAGAACGAGAGAGAGAACGAGAGAGAGAGAACGAGAGAGAGAGAGAGAGAGAACGAGAGAGAGAUCGAGAGAGAGAGGACGAGAGAGGGAGAACGAGAGAGAGAGAGAUCGAGAGAGAAAGAAAACGAGAGAGAACGAGAGAGAGAGAACGAUAGAGAGAAAACGAGAAACGAGAGGGAGAGAACGAGAGAGGGAACGAGCGAGAGAGAACGAGGAGAAGAGAGAGAGAACGAGAAAACGAGGGAGAACGAGAGAACGAGAGAAAGAGAGAACAAGAGAGAGAGAGAGAGAGAACGCGAGAGAGAGAGAGAAAACGGGAGAGAAAGAACGAGGGAGAACGAACGAGAGAACGAGAAAGAACUAGACAACGAGAGAACGAGAAAGAGAACGAGAAAGAGAAUGCUCCAACCUAAUAAUUUAACUCUCUGA